CACCACCUCCUGAGCCAGAAGAGGAAAAAGUCAGAUGUCCCUCACCAGUUGUUAUACCUAAGGAAGUUGAAGAAAAAAAGGUUGAACCUAAAAAAUGGCCCCAACCUAUUCCAGAAUUGCCAAGGCAAUAUAUUUAUGAAGGUGUAACAUUAUCAGCAUUGGGAUUGCAACAUAUUCAAAAUAUAACUGCUAGCAUGGCGAUGAAAAAGAAACAACGAUCCCGACCUAAGAAGACUGACCCUCAGAUAAAACAUCCAAGUGUUGCUCGUUUAUUAGCUCUAGGGCAGAAAUCAGACUCAUCUCUUGAGAAUGAAGAUACAUGCGAAAAAGAUAUGGAGAUUUCGACUGAAAUAAAAGGAUCUGAUAUGGAUUCUGAUUCAGUCUUCAGAUCAUCUCAGUCAACAGUUAUUUCUCAAUAUGAUGAAAUUAAAAUGGAAGAAGGAAAUGGUGAAGAAAUGAUUAAGAAAAAGAGACAAAGAAAGCAAUUAGGUCUUGGAGUGGGUGGUUUUAUAGUUCGGCAAAGAAAUGUACGCCUGACCGCAAGCCGUCAGUCACCAUCUCGUCAGGUUGAUGUUAAUGAAGAUCUAUUGAAAUCAGAAAUAGGAAAUACAAUUGAGGGUAGCUGCAUUGAUGAAGGACCGUCUUCAAUCACAGAUUCAUCAAUCAGUGGACUGAUGUCAGACAAAAUAAAGAAACGUCGCCGACAGAAAAGGAAAAGUCAACUAGAAGAUAGUUUCCCAUCUUAUCUUCAGGAAGCCUUUUUUGGUAAAAUGCUUCUUGAUAAAUGUAAAGACUCUAAAGAAAAACUGGAUAGUGAUAGUGAAGGAGAAUCUGCAGGUUUCUCUCACAAAUAUGCAAAUGCAGACAUAAAAGAUUUGUGUGAAGAAACUCCCAUUGGUCCAUCGUCACCUGCACCAGGAACUAAUGUUUCUGAACAGUCAGAAGAAAUGCAACCUAUUGUUGAUGAGGGUGAUUUAAAAGAACUUUUACCUGCUGAUUUACUAUCCAGUGAACUUCAGAAUGACUUCCUCAAAAUUAUUGGUGAUGAUUUAGGAACUUCUUCAGUGGGCUGCCUCAUUAUGUGUGACCCACUUCGUGAAGUGGGUCGAAGACAACUGCCUGGUCUGCAAGUUUUCUCCAAGUUUGGUUCUGAGCUUGGUGGGCCAGCAUUCCUUCAGCAAGUCCUGUCCACCGUUUCAGGUUGUCAAUCCAUCGCUAUGGUGUUAUUCUCUAGACCGUUAACACUUGUGCCGCUAUUAGAACCUAUUUCUCAACAGAAUCACUCCCCUUGCUAAUCUUGUCCUAUAUAUAUAUUGCAGUUUUUGUUGUUUACAUAUUGUGCACAAGUUGCUGCUUGAUGUGUUAUCCUUUAUGUGGUUUCUUAUUUCAUUCUAUAGUUAAAAAGUGUGCAUGUCCAAAAGCUAUAUGUAGCUAAUAUCUGUAUAUGUAGGAUUCACUGUUUCAGAAUUGGUGUAUUUGCUGAUAUUGCAAUCUUUUUAGAUUUUUAUUGUGAUUGCUUGUCUUGCAACAUUGGACCAGCACUUAUUAUCUGUCCUCAGACUGUAAUACAAUAGUUCUGUCAUAUAGAUUAUAAAAUCAUGGUAUUUAUUAUUCAGUGUUUGAAUUUGUACUCUGUAUUUUGUAGUUUUUUAAUUUAUCAUUGACUUACAAAAGGGUUGAUAAUUUUUUUUUCAAUUUGAUUGGGGAAAAAACAAAUUACUAUUCUAUAUUUGUGAGAUGAGGAAUUUAUAUUAUGCAUACUGUUUAUAUUAGUCAGACUGGUGUCCUAAUCUUGAUGGUUGAUAUCACUGUUUUGGCUGUUGUACAAUCCAGUCUCUUUCAGGUAUCUUGUGUUGAACUUGGUUGUUAUAUUGGGAUUUUGAACCUAACUGUUUAUUCGAUCCAUGGGAAUGAGAACAGUGUCCUCCUAUGAAUCAAAUAAAGGGUCAGGUUUGAAAUUCUGAUAUAACACCCUAGUUCAAAACAAGAUACCUGAAGAAGGCUGGAGCAUACAUCUGAAAUGUGAAAUCAACAAUCAAGAUGAGGACACCAAUCUGACUAAUAUAAACAGUAUACAUUAAAAACAAAAAAAUAUUAUAGAAAAACUUUAUCUUGAAAUCUUUUCCAUGUAAAUCUUCUGCUAUGAAAUUUUAAUUAUAGAAUUAUAUACAUUAUACAUUGCUUAAUUGAUAAUUUUUCAAUGCAAGUUAUAAAGAGAUCAUACUCAAGUGAAAUAUGUCUGUAGCUGUUUAUUUACUAACAGUUUUAAAAUAUUGUUUGGUCUCUUCCUUAGCAGUUGUGUUGUCAGUUGCUCAUUAUAAUCUCAUUUCAGGCUAUAUCUUUUUUAAAAAAGAGCCUUGAGACCACAUCAAUAGAUAUAGUUCCUAACUGCUUAAAAGAUGUUAUAUUUUUUAUCUCCAUUUUUAUAGCAAAAGAUUAGGCAAAUUAUUGUUUGUGUGGGUCUUUAAUUUUAAAAUUGCUUUUGAUAAUUUGUUGAACAUUGUGAAUAAAAUAUGUAGAAUUUAUGCCUGGCAAACAUGAUGAGAGUGGUUAAACAUGGCAAAGUUAAUUUUUGUGUGUCUGUAUGUGUACAUGUUCUCUCUUUCUCUCUCCCUCUCUCACCCCUCUCUCCUCUGUCUCCCCUGCCUCUCUCACACACACACAUUCUGUUAAGACAUUAAAAAUUUUAUUUGUUUUUAUUGCUGACUUUAAAAAAACAAAACAAUAUAUAUGCUAAUAUUAGAUAAUAGUAAGGAUGGUAGAUUGGUAGAGUGCUUGACAAUAUGCUUUGUGGUAUUUAGUUAUGUUGCUUUAUGUUGAAAUCUUGUCAGGGUUGAUUUCUUGCCUUGCAUUUUUCUAGGUGAAUUAGAAUAAGCAUCAGUGAAGUACUGGGGUCAAUGAAAUCAACCCACUUCAAAAUGUGGCCUUGUAUCAAUGUUAAAAAUCAUUAGGCAUCAGCACAUUUAAAAAACACUUCUUUUCGUAUAAGAGUAUUUAUUCUUUGAAGUAAUUAAGUUUUAACCUUUCUGCAUUUUGGUUUCUACUUUUGUUGAUUCUGUAUAUUGCUUAAUUUAGAAGAAAUAACAAUUGCUCUUAUAUUCUCUAAUUAUGUCCAUAAACAUUAUUCUAAAGCUUAAAAUAAAAUUAUCUCAAUAUAUAUUCAUAGCUAAAAAGAAAUGCUGACUUAAUGUGAUUGAUUAUUGCAUUAAAAGUUAUAGGUUGUUAUAUUUGACACACUUUACCUCAGUGUACUUGGUAAAAAUCUCAUAUACACCAAUCCAGUAAUAAAGUGGCUGGUACUUUGAAGAUAUAGCUAUAAAGCACACUUGUAAUGUGUAAUGUAUAUAAUACAAGCCAUACCACCAUGGAAAAAUACUUUUAAGAUACUGUUUCAAGACAUUCUUGAACCAAAAUCCUUGUGUGUAUGUGUAUGUGUGUGUUUUGUAAAAAGCAUCUAGUUUUGUUGUGGAACUAUAUGACAGUUAAAAUAUUAGGUAAUGUGAGCACAUAUUCAAAUGACCAUGAUUUCCAAACUUUUUGGGAUUCUGUUUUGUUAGACAGACUUGAUGCAACACAUGGUCUUCCAUUUAAGUUUAGUAGACUAAUUGACAGUUAGUAUUAGGAGCAGGCUGUGGCAUACAUGAAAGCUACUAGUACUUGCCUGAGCAAAGCCAACGUAGGUGUAGAUAUAGGUGGUAGCGGCAAAUAACAUUUUCUACCUUCAUUAAAUAAUAAGUAUGUUAUCAAUGUGUGAUAACAAAAUCUGUUAUUAACGCAUGAUAACAGAUUCUCCUUCUAAAAUCUAGAGCAGGACAAAAUUUUAUUCAACAAAUAAAUGUUUCUGUAUAAAAUAUUCAAUGCUUUGGUGUAAGAUGUCUUAAGUUAACUUUACCCUUUCUGAAUUCUAUCUAAUUAAUGAGUGAUUCAUUUCACUAUGGAAAUUGUAAAUAAUAUUGGUUUCAAAUUUUGGCACAAGGUCAGCUAGUUUGGGGGUAGGUGGGUAAGUUGAUUACAUUGAUCCCAGUGUUCAACUAGUACUUCUUCUAUUAACCCUGGAAGGAUGAAAGGUGAAGUCGACCAUCUAAAUAAUAUGCUAGCAAGGUUUUUUACUGUCUGAUGUGUUAAUUUAUAUUAAUUCUUAAUGUUUGAUGCAGACAGUAUUUAAUGACAAGUGACAUUUCAUUAAAAUUCAUUCAGUAUUUACCAGUGAUACAGUUGGCUUCUAUGAAAAUAGAAAAGGAUCCUCUUUAAGUGGUUUUUGACCCGCUAGGAAAAGUAGCCAAACUUACCUUAAAAUUUCCACCCAAAAAGAAAAAAAAUUACAAAAUACAUUUUAGACAACCAUUUUACAUGCAAAAAAGAUGGAGUGGUUAUGGCUGAAAUGCUUUUGAUCAGAAAUCUGCUCAAUCUGUGCUUACCUGGACCUAAAUAACAACAUAAAUAUAAAAAAACGGAAACCUUGAAUUACAAAAUAUAAUUGCUUGGAGAAUGAAAACUUAUGGGUACAGAAAAGGUGAAGAGAGAUUUCAAACAGAUCAACCAUGAAAAUAGUUAAGCACUAAAGUUACUUGUAUUUUAGUAAAAUAAUACCUAUUGAAAUCAGAAAUAGCAUUACAUUACCAGCAUUGGGGAUAUUAAUUUUUAUCUCUGUAUGAAAGGUAGAUUAUAAGGUAUCAGAAUUGUAAUAAAAAAAAAAUGUUGGGUGUGAACUGUUGUAUAUAGUAUGUAAAUUUGGUUGAUAAAAUGAUUGAAAAUAAUCAGAACAGUGAUUUUAUGGGGAAGUUGUAAUUGUGGAUAUUGAGACUGUUAUGGUAGAUAAAAAUGUGUUGUUAGUGCUGAAUGGUACCUAGAUUAUUAUAAGCUCUCAUUGUUAAAUUAUCAUUUUAAUUGAUUUUACUGAAAAACAAUUUACUGCAUUAAUAGUUCAAAGUUAGCAGAAAUGCAACUUUGAAGCCAUAGUAAUAAUUUGUUGAAAAUUUCUUAAAAUGUAUUGAAAAUCUUAACCAGUUACAUAAUAAAAAUAAUCGCAUGUAUAGUAAAAACAUCAAAAUUGUUUUAUGAUCUGGUGAUACUCAUAAAAGAUACAAAUAGUUAAUUAUCAAAUAAAAUUGUUUUAGUUUAAAGAAAUAGAUAUAAAUAAAUAUGAAUAGUAAACAUAAAUUUAAAAAAAAACCCAUGAUUUUUCAAGUUUGUUGGUAAAUGAUGUGAAAUUUAAUGAAAUCUUUUAUAAUAGCAAUAUUGCAUUAGUGUGAUGUGAGAACUGUUGAUAUAAUCACAAUGUCUUUCUCAUUCAUUCACACAAGUUUUCUCUUUUCUUCACUAUCCAGGAGGGUCUGGAAAUGCAUGAGCACUCUCCUUUCUCCUUAUAUUAAAUGUAGACAUAAGAAUGCUGUGAAGUUCAAAUGAACUAAGUCACUGCUAUUAGUCACUGAAAUGAAAGCUUUCAUUAAUACAUGUUUUUGUCGUGGCACAUUAAGCUCUUUUCUAAAUUUAUUAUUUAAAAAUUAAAAAAAAAAUUGUACAUUGUCUCAUGUAUAUGUGAAUAUAUAUAUUUAUAUAUCUACACAUUUCCGCACACAUAUACACAUGCAUGCCCAUAUGUAACACCGUCUUCAUAACAGUAUAUCAUUUUUAUAUAGAAAUAUGCAUAUUGAAUUCUAUUAAAAUUGUUUGACCAUAUUUCAAGUGGAAUGAAUUAGUUUUCCACUCCUUUUGUCAAAAUAAUAACAUUCAGGAAUUAAUGCUCAUUAAAAUAUUUUUAUUAAUUUACUUAGCAUGGACAAACAGCAUUUAAAACAUUAGAAAAUGUUAUACUGUGAUAUAAUUGCUCAUUAUUGACCAAAUGCUAUUAGUUUGAACUUAACUAUAGCAGUUUAAGGAAUAAUAUAUUAGUAUGAAUUAAAUGUUUAUCAUU